AUGCGCUGCUUCUCGACCAAGUCUACCGCCUCUAAGGAUGGUUUCCACGACAAGGCCUCCAGCACGAGCAGCAACUCCGUCCUCAUCAAGUCCUCGGCGCAGUUCAUCGAGGCGUUAUCGAAGCGCCGCACCAUCUAUAAUCUGGACAACAAGCUUGCACAGAGCCGCAAGGAGGUCAUCGCAACCAUCGAGGGCACCAUUCGUCAGUGCCCCUCCUCAUUUAAUAUCAAGAACUCCACUGUUGUCAUCCUGUUCGGCGCGGACCACCAAAAGGUUUGGGACAUCGUGAAGGCGGCGCUCAAGAAGGUGACAUCAGAGGAGCAGUAUGCACAGAGUGAGAUGAAGGUGAACAAUUGCUUCGCAGCGGGCGCCGGCACCAUUCUCUUCUACGAGGAUGGCGCAGCCAUCAAGAUGCAGCAGAAGGCAUUCCCGCGGUAUGCGGCAAACGUCCCAACCUUUUCGCAGCAAUCAUCCGCGAUGGCCCAGUUUGCAGUGUGGUCAGCGCUGGCGCAGGACGGUAUUGGCGCGUCGUUGCAGCACUACAACGAGCUAAUCGAGGCGGACCUCCGCUCCGCAUUCGACAUUCCGGAGGAGUGGCAGCUGAUCGCGCAGAUGCCCUUUGGCUCCAUCGGGAAGCCAGCCAACGAGAAGGCACACAACCCUGGCGAGGCCCGCGUUGUCGUGCGCGGCGAAUAA